UCGCAGGCUUAAUCGAAUACAAGUACGAGGUUGAAUCGAAUAAAGAAUAGAAAGCAUGGGUUUUUUGUCUUGUCUUCAUACCGCUAUCAAUAAAAGUGUUAUUUAUAACAAUAUAAAUUUGAAGCCAAAACAAGUGAAGUGCUUGGAGGCGCUUUAUAAAAAGAAAGACUGUGUCGCUGUUUUACCUACAGGUUACGGAAAAUCAUUGAUAUACCAAUUGCUGCCAUCAUUGCUGAACGAACGAAAUACCUUUGAACAAAUACGAUUAGGUCGUGAAUUAAGCCACAAUACUCCUGUUAUUCUUGUUGUUUCACCUCUAAAUUCUCUUAUUUGUGAUCAACUAAGAAAGCUAAAUAACGGCGCGGAUUUGAAAGCAGUAUUUCUCAAAAAAGAUUCCACCAGUUUCUGUGAGGCACCUGAUAUCAAGGACGCAUUGUUUGACAUCAUGUUUCUUCAUCCGGAGGCAUGUUUGUCGUCAAAAACAGGAAUGGAUUUAUUCCAGUCUUCGCCGUACCAAAAAUCGGUCGAAGUUAUCGUUGUCGAUGAAGCUCACUGCAUUUUGGAGUGGGGUGAUAAUUUUAGGACUGACUAUUCCUAUCUUGGUAUGCUGUGCUCUCUUUUUCCAUCAGUUCCAGUCUUAGCACUUACUGCAACUGCAAGCAAAAAAGAUAGAGAAGUAAUAAAGAGCACCUUGCACAUGAGGAAUCCACUGGAAGUUGUAGGAAGCUAA